AUGGCCUUCCCAUCGACGUUUGCGUCUUUGGAAAAGGUCUUCAAUCACGUUGUCUUGCCUCCGCAGUUGCCGGCUGGUCAAGAUGGCGGCCUCGACAAGAUCGCAGUCGACAUCAUGCACUGCAUUCGGCGCGCUUGCGAGGCGCUGAAAACGACAACACCAGACGAGUUCUGUGGUGCCUGGACGGCGGUCGAGAAUUGCAUUUUGACGUUCAGCAGCACCGACGGAGAGCACCGGACAGUUGCAUCGCUGCUCGAGGCGUUUCAGAGGUUGACGCAAGAUGACAAAGUCAUCGCAUUGUACAUUGAGGAACAAAAUGCUGCUCUGCUCAUGUACUCCAGCAAAGGGUUUGUCGCUUCUCCUCUCCAAGACGGCAAUGUGCUGCCGACACCGUGUCGUCCGAAAGCUAACGGUCACAGCCACGUAGUCUUUGAGGCCUUCGAGGCGGCGUCGCCGUCUCAAGAUGUUCUGGCGUGCCAAGAUGCCCUUUGCUGGACUUUCCCAUCGCGUGCCGUGCAAAUCUCCAAAGAUGACUUUGCCGACGAACAUUUCCAAUCGACCCUGGCUUUGUUUCUCGAAAAGGCCAGCUCCGAAUACAUAGCUCUUUUCGCCGCCAAGGCCAAGAAGGCAGGCAAAGAAGUCGCCGAAUUUCGCAAUGCUGGAACCCCAGACCUCAUCACGCAUAUGCUUCUUUCCGUGCUACAGGCAAUGGGAGGUCCGGCAACCGUCUCGCCAAUCAAGAAACGCGUCCGUGACGACGUCAGCUUUGGCAAAGGGCACACGCCGUGGCGAAGACUUCCUACGUGGCUCAUUCUUCGGGUGGCAAUGCAGCGACAAUUGCACCUCACACUGGGACAAGACACUGGUUAUGCUGCUUACAAGAUUCUGUCCUGCACUAUAUUGUCCCAAUUGCUCGACGACUGUGUCCACCAAGGCAUGCUUCCGGCACUCACUAGCCUGCUACAGAAGAAACUGGGAAGGAAGCUUGCCAAACUGGAGCGACACCAUUUCUGGGAAUGCUGCACCGAGCAUGACAAGAUGACCUCGGAAGCCCUGAUCCACAGCAUCGCUUCGAAGCUCAAAACAUCCCUUGACGUGGCUCAACAGUACUUGAAAAAGAGACUGGCACAGUUCAAAAAGGACACCAUGCGACAGAUACCAGCAUUGCCACUAGAAGCUCCUGAAGAUCACCGAACGCUGUCUCUACCUUCGAGCAGGCGGUACUUGGACAGGCUUGUGUUUUCGGCUGGAAACAAGGUCGAUGGGAACUCAAAUACAACGCCAUUUUCCGAGGACGGCAGCCCUGACUCAAAUCUGACUCUAAAUCCGGCCGUCAAAAACACGCAGGCCUUCUCUAGAUCCGUCUUGGACACGCUGAACGUAAUUGCGGACGCCCGGUCCAAGUCCUCGUCGCUGUGGAGCCAAGCCGCGGCCAAAAUGACAGAGGACGCAGCAAAGGCAGCGUGCGAUCAAAUCUCCGCCACAGUUUCCGUCCUGGUGAACUGUAUAUCCAAAGCAGACCUGAGCACCGUCGAGAUGAGAAGCCGCAUCCUCUUGGAAAUAUUUGACCAGUGGGCGAUUCUUGAUACCAUUUGCGGCUCCCUUUAUCCAACGGUCGAUGACCAUCCGCCCAUGUUCCCACACAACCUCCUCGACGUUCUCCAGUUACCUGAUGUGGACUCCAUGUCUCGCCUUCGUCGAGUUCAGAAGCACCUACGGCAUCGAUUUCAAAUCGCACGUUACGACGAGACGGUACUUUCCAAUGAAUUUGGAUCCCGGUUUGCAUAUGAAUCGGACGACCUCACACAUCUGUACGACAGAAUUGCUCAAACCGAAAACGACCGUCGCCAGAACAAAACCAAGGAGUGGGAAGAAGCCUGCAACAAAUACGAUCAUCUUUCUAACUCAAUUGGGUCAUUGACUUGUAAAUGUACAGUCAAGGACGGUGUUUGGGUCAAAAAUGGAUGUAAGAAAUGCCUCCACAAGAACCAGAGGAAGAAAAUGAAGAUUGAACCUGUCGAGAAUCUACUCCCGGAAGAUGAAACGGCCGCUCUGGCCGUUGUUUUCGAACUGAAAACACCUCAGUGCAUUACCACAUACCGGGCUACCACCUGGACGAUCGCAGCGCAUGUUGCUUGCUCGAAACCCCCUACCAUAUCGAAAGAUGCGAAAGGGCUGCCAGAAACGCUAAUCCACAAAUUUGCAACGUCCUUGCCCUCUGGAACGAUCUCCCUGUCUUCUUCGCAAAAGUCUUUCAAGCAAACGCAUUACAAGCAAGUGAAAAUGAAAUGCAAGCUUUCGGACGUUCUCCUACCUCUUGGAUCCAACUUUCGCCUCUUCGACAAUGCCAUGAGCGCGUGGAUUCAUGAUCUACCGACACCGCUCACACUCGCACAUUUAUGUCCCCUACAUGUGCCGAGUGGUCUCGGUACAAUGGCAAUGCCGACCAGUACACCAACACCCACCUGUCCCCAAGGCCCAUCUUCGUACGAGAUUGUGGCUAGUCGACGGAAGUGCCCUUCUGAUGUCUCUGUUCACGAGUUCGAGGCCCUUCAACGUCUCCAGUCGGGAACAUCGCGCAGGUGGCUGACAAUGGCAGUGGAGCUCGGCUGUUCCAACCUCAACUUUGGCCAAGAAGAUGUGUCGACGUUAUUCAUUGGCCUCGCACAUCAAGCAGGACCGCUGCUGCCGACGUCUGGGGAGCUCACCACAGCACCUGUGUCGCAUAAGGAGGCUCUGGGUGUUGUGCAUGGUUUUUUUCUAGACGACAAUUUUCGCAACCGUGUCCUGUGCGAGAUUGAGACGCGCCUCGCGAGUAUUGCGAACAACUGGCGAGAAGUGACAAUGAUGGAGAUGCUCGUUACGCUGCUUCUACGGAUUCGGGCUCUGACAGAGCGCCAGGUGUCGGACUUGGCAAAAGUGGACUCGUUGUUGACCUGCAUCCGGUCGACAACGCUUGACUGGAUGGACUCCUUGCGAGGCGAGGCGAUGAACGCACAUGACGGGGAUUCGUCUGGGCGUGCCUCUAUGUACGCCUUCAAAGCCGCGCUUGUGUGCCGCUGCACGUUUGUCUGUUUCAAACCGACGCAUCUUUCUGCCGACGACCUCUUCGACUUCACACGGGCGUCGAUUACGCUGCAGCAAAGCUUGACUACAGAUAUCCGACGUCUCCCCCUGUACGAACUUGGUCUGGCUACGCGCGACACAGUGAUGGCCGAUACGCUACAGGUCGAGAUAGAAUACGCAGCGAAACGUUUCCCCGAAAGUAUCAACAAAGCCAUCCACCACUGCAUCGGUUCUGGUUCCGCCGUCGAUGGGCAAGGACAGGUGCAUCCUACUAGAUUGAAACCGUGGUCAUUUCAUAGUGGGCACAGCAAAGGAUGGAUCUCCUCUAGUAUGAUCAUUCCACAUGCGAAACCAUCUUCGGACAACACGCCCCAGCACAUCGCCUUGCACCUGACCCACGGCCAUCUUUUGGUCAACGGCCAGACGAUCGGAAAACUCCCCGACAAUAUUCGAAACGCUGACGAUGUGAGCGAGGUUCUUGGGACCAAGCAUCUACUCACAUACCCAUCUGCAAUGCCAGGGAUGAGCCAUCGCCUUGUCACAGCAUAUGAGGACCACAUGAUUCAUUUUGGCCAGCGCAGCAGCGGUGUCGUGAUCCUUGCCAUAAAGCGGUCCGGCGAACUUUUUGAGUAUGUUCCCAGGCGUGUGUUCAUUGAUCGUAACAACGUGUAUGAUCUUCCACGUGGCCUCGUUGAUGACUGCUUUCACUGGCUCAACAGGCAGACCGGGAAACUCGAGAUACGCCGCCGCGAAACAAAAUGGGAGGCAAAGCGAAGCGACUGGGUGUUGGACGUCCGGCUGCGGAAUGCCGUCAGAGGAAACGAUGAACUGGUCGACCCAACGUCCGAGACAGCUAGGCUCGCCGGCCUUAUCUUCGAUGGCUUCGAAGACACCCAGCGCUUGACAAUCUUUCAGCCAGCGACUGGUCAAGGCGCACUGUCCAUGGAACUCCGACAUCUUGAGCUAUCUUUUUUUGUCAACACGAAGGGAUAUCUUGAAUGUCACGAACUUGGAGCGGAGGUGGAUGUGGACCAAGACGCCGGUACCCUCUACGGCUACCACAGCAUGAUUGUUCUGCGGGAUACGGCCGACCCAACUCAGCGAAGCAUCAUUGCACCAUUGGGAGACCUGAAAUGGAAACGUUCUGGUGCGCACAUAUGCCUCCAAACGGCAAUCGAUCUCACAGCGGUGUCUUCUGGGUCUGGUGGUCCCGGUCGCUCCAACCGAGGAAAGGCAUAUGCCCGCUUUGAAAUUGAUACCGUCCUGGGACGCUUGACGUGCCCCCCCGAACCACGUCUUCUUUUCACAAAGACCCAGCUACAUGCAUUCACAUCGUACCCCCUACCAGAUCCACUCACUCGUCGAACCGGUGAGGACGAGGCCAUUCACCUGUUGCUCUCGGGCCGCCUCCAGCCUUGGGUACCUUUGCCCCAGGUGUGUCUCUGGAUUCUACGGCAGAUGCAUAUGCUUGUUCCGGUUCGUGAUUACUAUCCAAAAGACAAGCGCGUUUUGCAAAAGGUAGUCUGGGACAAAAAUCUUCCAAUCGGUCUCCAAAAUGACCGCUAUGGCCGCAUAAUUCAAGCCAUCGUGGCCAAAGCGACGCGACUCCGCAUGUUCGAAGAGACGGGAGAAAACAAAGCCAUAGACGAGGCAUACCGGUACUGGUCUGAUAUCAACACGUCCCACCUUGAAACCCGCGGGGAAAUUCAGCGCAUGCGGUUCGAGUGUCCCAGAGAAGACAGUGAGCCGGCGUGUCCAGUUCAACUUCUCGAUGGAGUGUACACAUCGCUGGGGCACGUUGAUUGUCUCAACAACGAAGUUCAAGACGCUUGCCACUGUAGGGCCUCCACUGCAUUUCAGAUUGCCAAAAUUGUCCGUGACAAACCAAGCAAUGUCUUCAUGACACGAGAGAUUUCGGAUCUUCUCGAAACAUGGACACAAUUUGGCGGAUUCAGCACCACCAUAGAUCCUGACGUCGUGUCGAUAAGCUCCCUAUUGAGCGGCGCCGUUAUGACAGAACAAUGGGGAAGUCUAGUUGAGAUGUGUCGCUGUGCCUCGAGCACUGAUGCCCCGAAAAUCAUGUUGACUUUGGCGUGUAUGGCACUUGCUCCAGAUGUCGACAUGGACGGUCUGCGACUUCUCGCCGCAUAUUCCUACCAGGCGGAACUGAAACUGUACAAGCCGCCACUGCGCCCUUCAUAUCACGACUUUGUGUACAACGAAAAUCUGACUUACAUGAAGCUGAUCAGCAUCGUCCAGACCGAGUUGGAGGAGUAUGUGGCCACCGACAUUCAGGCUACCGGACGGAAGGCCGUCGAGCUCGCCAUCGACAUGGGCCGAAACCAGCACACAAACCUGUGUCACCAUCAUAGUUCGCUACUGGCAACUGAGCUGAUGAAACAAUGGCCAGAUGCAGUGUGCCCAAAUGCUGGCACGUUUGAAAGCCAAUACAUCAAGAUUGCGGCCGCUAUGGAAAAGAUUCGUCUUUUGUGGCAGAAUUUACAGCAAAAUCGGGAGCUUUCUCGAUACGUUAUGAAAGCUCAACUCGCCCUAUCGAGCACGAGGGCGUGCCCACGUCAUCUCAGACCAACGGAGGUGGUCGACGUGGUGACCCACGUCCUGCCAGUCCCUUGCGCAAAACAACAUCAGCUGCCUUCCCUCUCGAACCAUCUGGCGAAGCGGCCGUUUCUGCCAGCGCUUCCUUCCGCCCCCGAGAUGACAACACCACGGCACGGCCAACCGGUUCGCAAAAAGGCCACACAGUACACAACGCCAAAAGAAUACAGUGAGCUAGCGAAAAUCAUCGAACCAUUUCAGCAAUCUGUCGAGCCCAUGCGCCAAAGCUACGGAGAAGAUCUCGCAGCGUCCCUAGCAACUCUGGAACGGGCGACGAGAGACGCACAUACCCAAGGAGACACGGCCAAAUACAGACUGCCGUCGGUCCAACAGGCCUCCCAGAACCUAUUGGUCGCGAAGACGUGCGCUGAAACGGCGCUUGGCAUGAUUCAAGACACAUUUUGUGACGCCGGAUACGCCGAUGCAUCCAAAUUCGGCCACCAGAGUGCACGAGACUGGCUGCAACGAUCCGGCCUGUGGCCCCGACUCACUCCAAUGACCAUACUGGAACUUCUCCGUUCGAGUUCGAAAGUCCAGUUUGGGGAUCGAAUGGAUAAAGCGUUACUCCGGUAUGGAGAAAUUUUGAGUGAAUGGCAGCGAUUGCGGCGCAUUUUGCGUGCUCUGCUAAAGGGUGAUCAGCGAAAGCUUCACGACGAGAUGGCCAACCCGGGACACACAAACUGGAGCCCCGAGGCGUAUCCGGACUGGCUUCUCCUGGAGAUUGACUCCAAUAUGCUGAUCCGUGAAGAGCAAGUCACUGUUGCCCUGGCCAUGAUUUGUCCCGAAUCUGGCUCGAAUGCCGUCGUUCAGCUCAACAUGGGCAAAGGAAAGACGUCCAUGAUCCUCCCUAUGGUUCUCUCUGUCCUCGCUGAUGGCACACAGCUGGCCAGGUUGCUGGCGCCCAAAGCACUUCUGCUUCCAACAGCGCAAGUUCUGCAGUUGCGCCUCGGUGGACUCGUCGGCCGCGAGAUUUGCCAUGUCCCAUUUUCCCGGCGGCUUCUGUCCCGUGACAACUGCCGGGACACGGUAGCCGUGUACAAGGAUCAUCACAGAGACUUGAAGCGCAAGAAAGGCGUUCUCAUCGUCGCGCCGGAGCACGUUCUCGCAUUCACGUUGAGUGGCCAGCAGUAUUACCUGGAUGGCAAGAACCUAGACCUGGCAGCGGACAUGAUGGCGUUUGAUGCCGACAUGCGACAGUCCUUCUGUCGUGACGUGCUUGACGAGUCGGAUUUCAGUCUCGCAGUCCGCACACAGCUUGUGUAUCCCAGCGGAAACUUGACUGCUAUCGACGGUGCACCUUUCCGAUGGAAACUGGUGCAGGCACUUCUGUCGCUCCUGGAAGGACAUGCCCUGGACCUUGCCAAUAAAGAUCCGCACAGACUCAACGUCAUCAAGCGUCCCGGUGGAGGCUUUCCCAAAGUGUACAUCCUCCAUUCCUCCAUCGACGAAGAGCUUCGGGAACGUUUGUCUGCGGAUAUCACGAACGGCCGAGUUUCGUUCUUUCGCCCUACACCGCCAAGGGAUACGACAACCCCAACACGAUCGUCUGGGGCACAUGCAACGAAUUCCGAGAUCCGAUAUCGUCUUGGUCGGGCACUCGCUAGCGACUCCAGCGAUGCUGCCAUCACGAAAGCGGCACAGUUGUUCUCGGAUACAGACACUGCAGCCGCAGCUCUGUAUCUUGUGCGCGGACUGUUGAAGCACGACAUCCUCAGCACCUGUCUGAAGAAGCGGUGGAAUGUGCACUACGGCCUGCACCACAAUCGCUGGCCUAUUGCCGUCCCAUAUGAAGCCAGAGGCGUACCGUCCGAGCGCUCUGAGUUUGGCCAUCCUGAUGUCGCCAUCGUCUUUACGUGUCUCGCAUUUUAUUACGCUGGCAUCAGCCUUCCGCAGUUCCGCGACGGUCUCAAUCACGUCCUGCACCACGUCGACGAUCCCGCCACAGAAUACGAGAGAUGGGCAUCGGGAGAUGGUUUGGUCAUACUCCCGGACGAAUUGCAGCACUGGAGCUCGAUCAAUGUGGACGACGACGGCCAAGUGGAAAAGCUGUGGACAUGGUUGCGACACACACGCUCUGUCAUCAACCACUAUCUCAAUACGUUCGUCUUUCCAGUGCACAGCAGGCAAUUUUCGGUCAAACUACAGGCCUCUGCGUGGGACCUGCCGCUGUUCACUGUCAAAACAUCCUCGAGCACGAAGAAGAGGCCCGAUGGUGCAAGGACCACUGGGUUCAGCGGGACCAACGACAACAAGGCCAUGCUGCCGCUCUCGAUCAAGCAGCACGAUCUGCCGGGACUACAACAGACCAACGCCGAGGUCCUCUCGUAUCUGCUUCAGAUUCGCAACCGCAGCUACAUAUGUGCCGGGGGACAGAACAAGCGGUGGUCCGAGCAAGAGCUUGUCGCCAGUCUCGUCAAGUACCAAAUCCAAAUCUUUAUUGACGCCGGCGCAUACAUUAUUGAAAAGACAAACGAGAACCUAGCCCGGUCGUGGCUGUGCCUUGCCGAAGCGACUGUCAAGGCAGCUGUGUAUUUUGACGAACAGGACAAUCGAGCGUGGGUUGUGUUCCGCGACGCCACGGCUGAAAAAGUGCCCUUGGUCUCGACUCCUUUUGCCGAGAGACUCGACGAUUGCAUCGUGUACUUUGAUGAGGCACACACCCGCGGCGUUGAUCUCCUCCUUCCUCCGAGUGCGAGAGGUGCUCUCACUUUGGCAUUGGGUCAAACGAAGGACCAUACAGUGCAAGCCGCCAUGCGACUCCGGCAACUCGGAACGACCCAGUCUGUUGUGUUCUUUGCGCCACCCGAGGUUGACCAAAGCAUUCGUGAUACUUGUGGCUUGGAAACGUCCGACAAAGCGGACAAAAAGGUGUUUGUCAACUCGUCUCAUGUUGUUACCUGGCUUCUCGAGCAAACAUGCAAGGCCAAUGAGCAGCUUCGGCCUCUGUAUGCAUCGCAUGGUCUGGACUUUUGCCGCCGGAUGGAGGCUCUCACGAUACACAAGAAGACCCUACAAAGUGCAUCAUCCAGGAACUCUUUACUCGGCGUCCUGGAGCAACCAGAGCGUCAGACUUUGAAAACUAUGUACGGCAACGAUUCUGUUGACGCGGGAUCGGUCCUGAAGACGGACGGCUUUUCCUAUCCACGGCUCCAACGCUUUGCGGAGCAGCUGCGCACAGAUCGGUCGACGACAGGCCAUGGCACGGCUGCUCUACAAGGUGCCUUUGAAGAAGUAGAGCAAGAGCGAGAGGUGGAGGUCCAAGUUGAGCAACAACGUCGUGCCCAGCACAAUAUCGAGUUCAAAGCAUUGCGCUUCAAAGGAACCGUUGCUAAGUCGAUCCGCCAUUUUGUGGAAACUGGGGAAUUGAUCGGCAACAAAGGAUACGAGGGCGUGUUCUCGUUUCUAGCCUUGACAAGUAUCGGAAAACGAUACGGUAUUGUCCACGGUACCCCGAGUCGUCUGUAUGUGACGGCAGAGUUCAGGAGAACAAUCGAUGUGCCGCGGGCUGGGCAGCAGUUCCACGACGACUUCUUGACGGGCAUCGUUAUCAUCCCCGAAGAACUGGAGCUUCUCAUUCCCAGCAUAUGUGCAUCCAAAUACACACAGCUGGUGGCCUACGCAGCACCCGUAACACGGUCCAUGCUGGACUUUAGCAGCCUCCGGUUCUACGCAUUUCCAGAAUUCCCAAACAAGCGGCACAUGAUGCCGGAAUGGCUACCCAUUGAACUCGGUAUCCUUGCGGGCCGUCUGUACAUGACGUACGACGAGUCCGUGGCCAUGGCAAAGUACCUGGGAUUGCCCGCCAAUGCCAACGAGGACUGCGUCCACAAUGCAAUGUCCUUCUGCCCGAAUCCAACGAGCUUCUUGCUUGAAUGGCUAGCCCUCCGCCGUGCGACCCAGGAUGUUCUUCACACCCCGGCAGCCUAUGUCUGCCAAGGCCGUCAACUUCAGCCAGACCAUUCUUUCUUCUUGAAGUCUAACAAACGACUCAUCCAUGGCGAAGACGAGCAAGGUACGAAUUACGACGAACUGGAGCAACGAGAGCAGAUCAUGGAAGACGAAGAAGAAGAUGAGGAGGAGGAGGAGGAGGAGGAGGAGGAGGAAGAGUAUGAUGAAGAAGGUGAUGGGCUUCUGAAAAUUCGACUGGGAAACCUGCUCCUGUUGGAUGGCAACAUGAAAGUCCAAGCACAGGAUGAACAAAAGCGGGACGGGGAGAAAGUGCCGCUGUAG